GGAUGGCUGUGAGCCUGUCAGUGUGGGCCGAGGGCCUCCCCUCCCCGCCGCUCUGUGCCUGCGCGGUGGGCUUGCGCUGGGGUAUUUACGGUAAGGUGGACGCGGCGGCAGUGGCAGCUCCGUGUCAGGUGAUCUGAGCGGAGGAGCCGCCUGGAGUCGGAGAGGAAAAUGCAAGAUGGCCCGACGGGGCCGUGAGGGGUUCCCCGCCGCCCCCUCCCCGCCCGGACCCCGGCAGCGCAGGGCCAGCGGCGAGCGCUGAGGCCAGCCCCGCCGCGCUAGAGCCCGUCCCCGGGAGGGGGACCGAGCCAUGGGGCUCUGCUACAGUUUGCGCCCGCGGCUCUUCGGGGACCCCGGCGGAGGCGGCUCCAUCUCCAGCGCCGCUUCGGAGCCCGAGCAGCCCGCCGAGCACACGGCCCCCCCGCCGCAGCCGCUCGGGGCCCUGCGGGGAAGCAGCUGCUGCGGGCAGCCGGGGGCCGGGGGCUCGCUCCACCCUGCAGACAAGCUCGGGGGAGAGGCGGACGGGCCGCCGCCGCCGCUGCUGCUGCUGCAGAACGGAGGCGGCAACGGGGCGGCCCCGGAGCAGCCGCCGCUGGCCAAACCCGGCGGCGGCGGCGGCGGCGGCAAACAGCCCCGGCAGCCGCCUCAGCCGGCCGCGCUGCAGAGACCCUGGGAGAAGCUUCGCCUGGAGGAGCGGGAGGCGGAGAAGGAGGCGAGGAAAGUCAGCAAGAGCAUCGACCGGGUGCUGAAGGAGCAGAAGCGGGAGUACAAGCAAACGCACCGGCUGCUGCUGCUGGGAGCUGGUGAGUCAGGAAAAAGUACUAUUGUGAAACAAAUGAGGAUCCUGCAUGUCAAUGGAUUUAAUUCAGAAGAAAAGAAACAGAAAAUACUGGAUAUUCGGAAAAAUGUUAAAGAUGCAAUUGUGACUAUAGUUUCAGCAAUGGGCACUUUAAUACCCCCAGUUCCACUGGCCAAUCCAGAAAACCAAUUUCGAAUGGACUACAUCAAGAGUAUAGCUCCACUUUCUGACUUUGACUAUACACAGGAAUUCUUUGAACAUGCAAAAAAGCUCUGGGAUGAUGAAGGAGUAAAGGCAUGCUUCGAGAGGUCAAACGAAUACCAACUGAUUGACUGUGCACAGUACUUUCUGGAAAGAAUUGACAGCGUCAGUAUGGUUGACUAUACACCCACAGACCAGGAUCUAUUAAGAUGCAGAGUUUUGACAUCAGGGAUUUUUGAAACAAGAUUUCAAGUAGAUAAAGUAAAUUUUCACAUGUUUGAUGUAGGUGGCCAGAGAGAUGAAAGAAGAAAAUGGAUCCAAUGUUUUAAUGAUGUCACUGCUAUAAUCUUCGUUGUGGCCUGUAGCAGCUACAACAUGGUAAUAAGGGAAGACAAUAACACAAACAGACUACGGGAAUCCCUGGAUCUCUUCAAAAGCAUCUGGAACAACAGGUGGUUACGGACCAUUUCUAUCAUUUUGUUCUUGAAUAAACAGGAUAUGCUAGCUGAAAAGGUCUUGGCAGGGAAAUCAAAAAUUGAAGAUUACUUUCCUGAAUAUGUGCGUUACACUGUACCUGAUGAUGCAACACCAGAUGCUGGAGAAGAUCCCAAAGUCACAAGAGCCAAGUUCUUUAUCCGGGACGAGUUUUUAAGGAUAAGUACAGCAAGUGGAGAUGGCAGGCAUUACUGCUACCCACAUUUCACAUGUGCAGUGGACACAGAAAACAUCCGCAGAGUGUUCAACGAUUGUCGAGACAUCAUUCAGAGAAUGCACCUUCGCCAGUAUGAACUCUUGUGAUUGGGAUCACCGUGGAGCCUGUGGUUUUAAAUACUUAGCUCCUUAUUCUCUUGCUCUCUCUCUCUUUGUACUAUGCCACACAGGGUGGAAGAAAAUACUACAGAAAUGUCAGUCUUUUCAGGUUGUUUACCUUAAUUAUUUAGCCUUUGAGCUGGUUUGCAGCAAGUUUGGGUUUCUCUUCCGCCAUGCUUUUUGGGACUAUUUUUGUGCUUUAUUUUGAUAUGCCACUUCUUUGUCAUUCCACUAAGCCUUUGGCUACCUCUGUUGCUUUAGAGGUGUGUUUGUUUGUUUUUUGGGUUUUGUUUUUGCUAAUUGAACAUAACCUGCUAAAUUUUUUCCAGUAGGUUAUGUUAGUUCAAACUGGUAUGUCAGCUGGAUGACACUAAAGUCAUACCUAUCCUUGUGUGGGUCCCUUUUUUAACAUAUUAAGAGUACUUGAUGGGUGAAAAAAGAAUAAUGCACUUUGUAUCAGGUUAUUAAAUACUGUUGAGGAAGUAUACACACAAUGUAGCAGCACCACAAUAUUUAUUACUCUGUCACAGUUUUUAGCAUUACUGAGUUGCAGGUCAACUGAUAAAGUGACCUCCUCUUUUAAGCCGUUACUGGCACAGGAAGUAGAGUAGAUAAUGAGAGGCAUGGUGAAGAUAAGCAAUUUUUCUGGGGUUUUGGGGCUAAGUGCCUCUACACACCUCAGGCAUUUGAAUUACAGCUACUUUUUCAGCCUAUUGCAUCUAGGCAGAAAAUUUACCACCCUCACUUAUGUUGUUUGUGCUGUCCACAAAUGAUCCGUUUAGUUUAGAUCAUUCUUGGACAACAGUCCUCUCCCUAUAUAUAUAUAUUUUUUUGUUUUACUGCUGGUUUAUUAUAUUGUACAGACUGUAAAAUGUAAUAUUAUUUUGUACAACUUUAUUGAAGAAAAAUACUUGUAGAAGAUCUUUGUGCCUUGAUUAUGGCUGUACCUGUAAAAUGAGCUAAGAUGUAAGUAUGUUUUUGAUUGCGCUGUACAGCUUGAUGUCAACCUUACCUGCAGCAGUGACUGGAGGUAAGAACUUUAUCUGUAGAGUUUAGGGAUUUUUUUCUGAUUUAUAUAAAAACAAUGCUCUUUAGUAUGAAAAAUAUAAAUUAUGCAAAUUAACCACUUACCUUUUCAAGUAAGGUAUUACAGGCACCGGAUGUUGCAGCAACAUGCCUUUCUCUUUUGAAAUCUCAGCUUUAAAAUAUUGGAAUUCAUUCAAGUAUCCAAAUUGCAACCUGGUGUUGUUUUAAUGGGAAUCAAGGAUUUUUUUUCCUUUAACUUUAGAAAAUAUGUUUAGUAAUUCUUUGGUCAUUCAUAGUACAUCACAAUUGCACAGGCCGAUUGUGAAUGUGUAAAGCACCAUUAUAUAGAGCUUGUCAAUCUUUGUACCAACAGCAGCUUUCAUUGUGCAAGUAAAUAGCAAGAAGGGGGGGUGGGGGGGAGAGGAGGUAUAAACCCUUGUGUCUGGCCUAAGAGAAUUACAAGAUGACAUUUUUAUUUCUCUUUUAAUAAAGAGACAUUAGAAAAUUGUUUUAUUUUAAAUAUUGUAGAAUCAAACUGUGUGAAUAUUUCUCAAACUUGAAUAAUUUAUGCAAAUGACAUUCUCAAAACAAGUUGUGGUACAGUACAAUAUAUAAAAGCAAGAAUUGCUGUAGCAAUAAGGCAUGUCCUUUUUAGUAACUAUAACACUGCUUUAUAUUUUAUACAUAGGUGUUAUGUCUCUGUGAGUAUAUACUUUUCCUGUGUCCAAGAUAACCUGUACAAAUGUCUAAAAUUACAGUUGCAAUAACAGAAACCUAGAGAAGUGUUAGCCUACAUUACUUCAUAGCUUGUUUAAUCACUCCUUGGACUAUCUCCAUCCUGUUUUUAAAUUUUAGGGACAAAUUAAGAUCUAUGAAUCAGGUUUCUAUAAUACAGCCAUGAUUUGUGUUAUUUAUAAACCCAGUACUCUGUUACUUAAAAUUAAAUUAGAGAAAUUUAGUAAUUUUAUUUUAAAAUAGGAUAAUUUUAGAGACAGUACAAUAUCUUUGUAAGAUUAUCCUUCCAAGUGAAAUUGCUAGUAGGAUGUAUAGUCUUGAUAUUUCUGUAUUUGCAAUUCAGUUAUGUAUUUCCUAGAAAGUGAAAGGCAGGGGUUAGUUAGUAAUAGGUAUAAUUCUUUAAAUCUACCACUGCCAGUUAUGCAUACAUUUUCACACCUUCCCUUCCAAAAUUACUUUAGAAACAUACAAAAUUUACCUUUUAAAAAGUGGGAAUGAAUAAAAGAAAAAGUAGGCUAAAAACCCCUGCCUCUGCAGGAGCAUCAAAAGGAAAACUGGUUCCUGCUGUGGACUUUCCUUAUGUUUUUUCUUGUAAUUGCAUUUGUCUAUUCUGUCCCCACAAAGCAGCAGGGAUUCUGGCUUCUAGAUUUUUUGCAACCUAGCUACCCCGUUGGGAGGCUCUCUGCCGCUACGCCAGCUCUGAGGAUUGCUGUGGCUCCAAUGGAGCUCUGCUGCUACAGCUUUCCCCUACGAAGCAAUCCCCAAAACUCCAUUAAAGUUGACAUUACAGCUCAAAGCUGGCUCUGCAUUAAUAUAACCAAGUUUUGUUAACGUUCUUUUGGAAUCAUACAGGGGCAUAAUACGCACCUGGUCCCCUACAUGGCUCCAGCAUGAAGCAAUGAGAAAAUGUUCCUUCAGCAGUAUCUGACCACCUUUGUUGGGGAAAACCUCUCCAUGCUGACCUAUAGGGUGCAAUAGGGCCCUGUAGUUUAUCAUAGCACAUUUUAUUAAAAAGAGCAGCUUGAGAGGUUCCACCCCUAAUUUUUGGAAGGUCUGGAGGGGUGGGAAGAUGGUCUGGCAAACACAGCAGGGAUUUCUCCCAAACAACAGUUUUUUGUGCGUGACAGCUUAGAAAUGCUAAGGAAAUCCGCUGAUGUAUCAGAGCACGUAGCAAUAAAACAUACAGGGAUGGUUCCAGCUUGAAAGACUAUUCCUCCUCCCAGGUAGGACAUACUAGUGCAGAUAAGUGUUGAGGAUGUAGGAUUUACAUAAUGUACAGUUACAAACUUUUAGUAUACAUAUUUGAUACAAAAAUUAUAGCAACGAAAUGGACUCAUUUGAUUGUAGAAUACUGUAUUUUUGUACAGCAUGAAAACAGUUCAUUUCAGUUAAUUUAUCCUGUAGUAGUCAUAUCAACUGUGUAGGAUUUCUAUGGUAUGUGUAAAUGCGACCUGCCUUCGGAUUAACAAUCCAAUGAGGUCAUUUGCUGGCAUGAAUAUAGUCUGAUGUUUGACUGUUCUCAGCUUUGGUAUUUCAGUAACUGAAUGCAGAUGUCUGGCUCUUCAUACUGCUUUAUGCUUCCUGAUUAAGUGCUGAGCAAAAUAAAAAGGUGAAUUGAGAAGUUGAAGAUGAGCUAGUAUCAGUACCCCAAGUAGAGCCCCUGCUAUACAGUAUAUAGUAACCACUCUGCUCUCAAGUGGAAGGAAACACUUGUAGAGGGAGAUGUCGGUUGGUGUUAUGCUGCCCUGAAAAAGAAAGGACAGACCAUCACGCUGUUGCUAAGAGGUUGGGUAUAGGUUUAGUGAUUCUACAUCAAAAACAGCUGAGAUAUUUGAGUUCUACAUUAGGUUGCAGAACCUGGACUAAUAUAGUACCAAUGCCAUGCAGUCGGUCCACUCCCUAUAGCACUGGAGACUAGACAUGCUGCAGAGGUAAUGUGCAUGGCUUGAUAGCAACCUCUUUAAGGAAAAUAGAAUACGCAAAAGCACUUGAUUGGAUAGGUUAGCAGCUGGUAAAAGCAGGACUACUUAGCGAAAGAAACAUGCCAACAGUUAAAUAAAAUACAUGGAUUAAGACGGGACCGGGUGGUGUCUAUGGACUAAAGAGUGUAAACCAAAGAGCAAUGAGAUUUGAGUUUCUUUUCCCCAUGCCACAAGAUGCUGAAAAAAGUAAACAAACUGAUUUUAGGUUUUGCUAUUUAAAAAAAGAACUUUUCAAAAAAUUGAAUGAUUGUAAAACUGGUUGUUUUCUCCAUCUCUACAUGGUACGUAAUAAAGAAGAUACUGUACAUUAGAACUAUCUGAUGGAGCUUAACCAACAUUCUAAGUGAAUAUUAGAAAACAUGUGAAUUGAAACUAAUGAGGCAGAUUGUCAGAAACAUAGGAGAACUUGCCCUCUCUGAAGUAGUUAAUGGGUGAGUCUGAAAGGCAAGAAAGCCAUGUAGAAAUCUGAGACAGAUACGGUCUUAUUUUCAUAGCAGAUAAAUCAGCCAAGCAAAACUAGCCUUUCUACUGUUCAGUGCAUGGUACUGAUGUUUAUUUUUGUUUUUGUUUUUUAAACAAGUCAAUAGUUUACCCUGCACCCUCUUUAUAAGAAACUCCGUUACACAUGCUUUUUACAAAUAUACAAAAUAGACCUUUAACAGCACUUCCUUGUACCACACAACCUGUGUGGCUCCCCUAGAUGUGCUUUUAAAGUGGAUGCAGUGUAUUAAGUAAAUGUUGGGUUUAAGGGAGAGUGGGUGUUCUGCCUUUUUAAAAAAAAACAGGUAGCAGCAGUUUAAUAAAUAGCUGAUUGCCAUGUUGAUUUAUAUUUAUGAAAGUUACCUGACAAAAAUAAAAAUCUUUAAAUUUAC